AUGUCUAAUUUGGCUAGAAAGAAAAUUAAGCGAAAAAAUGCACCAGGAAAUAGGUCUGACCUGGGAUGGGAACAUGGUGUUGAAGUAGGUUCAAGGCAAGUUCAAUGUAAUUAUUGCAAAGAAAUUCAUAGUGGGGGUAUAUAUAGGCUGAAGCAUCAUUUAGCUGGGACUAGGAAAAAUGUUUCAGCUUGUCCUAGUGUGCCAGAAAAGGUGAGGGAAAAAUUUGCGACUCUUUUGUAUGCCCAAUCUGAAGCAUCUAUAAAAAAGAAAAGGUGGUAUACUAUAGAAGAAGAGGAUGAUGGCAAUGAUGAUGAAUUAGUUGAAGUACAACAACUACAUUCAUCAAAAGGGAGGGGCAAACACAUAGGCUCCAUGGAUAAGUUUGUUACAAAAAAUAAGCAAGUAACAAUGAAUCGUGUGUUUAAAAAAGGAGAACGUGAUCUAGUGAUCCAACAAAUUGCUAGAUUCUUCUACACUAGUGCCAUCCCUUUUAAUUGUGUCAAAAAUCCGGAGUUUCUGCAAAUGAUUGAUAUGAUUUCAAGAUUUGGGAUUGGCCUCAAGCCUCCUUCCUAUCAUGAGAUUAGGGAGACAUGCUUGAAGAAAGAGGUAGAUUUUACACAACAAAUGCUUGAAGAAUAUAAGAUUGAAUGGAAAAAAACAGGUUGUUCAAUUAUGUCUGAUGGCUGGUCUGAUAAGAAAAGGAGAUCCAUUUGUAAUUUUUUGGUGAAUAGUCCCAAAGGAACCAUUUUCCUAUACUCUAUAGACACAUCUAACAUAUCUAAAACAGCUGAAAAAGUUUGUCAAAUGUUAGAUGAAGUUGUCGAUAGGGUUGGAGAGGAGAAUGUUGUGCAAUUGGUGACUGACAAUGCUGCUAACUACAAACUAGCUGGAGAGAUGUUGAUGCAGAAGAGAAAGUGCCUGUUUUGGACUCCAUGUGCUGCCCAUUGCUUGGAUUUGAUACUUGAGGAUUUUGAAAAAAAGAUUAAGGACCAUAAGUACACAAUUGCAAAGGGGAAGAAGAUUACAACGUUCAUAUAUUCUAGAGCUAUGCUUUUAAAUUGGUUGAGGGAUUUCACUAAAGGGAGGGAAUUGAUUAGACCUACUGCCACUAGAUUUGCAACAUCAUAUUUGACAUUGUCAUGCCUUAAUGAGUUCAAAGGAGAAUUGAUGGCAAUGUUUUCUUCUGAACAAUGGAGGUGUAGUAAAUUUGCAAAAACAAAAGAAGGGAAAAGAAUUCAUGCCAUAGUUAUGGAUAACAAUGGCUUUUGGCGACUUGUUGUCAAAUGCUUGAAGGCCGCAAUACCCCUUUUAAAGGUGCUUCGCCUGGUUGAUUCUGAUACACCUCCAAUGGGAUUCAUUUAUCAAGAAAUGGAAAAAGCAAAAGAAGAAAUACAGAAAAAUUUCAAUAAUGUUCAAAAGAGGUAA